AUGGCCCAUGCCGCGGCGACUUCGGGCGCUUCUCCGGCGCUUUGGUCGGCUGUGGCCUAUCGCUGCCAGGAGCUUGGUUCCCGGGUAAACUACUGGGACGCAGUACAUAUUCUUCAGGCUUUCACUGCGGCUGGGGUGACAAACGCAGAUUUGUUAAUGCACCUUGCGGAAGUCUUGACCGACAAAACGUCAAAGAUGGCUCCCAAGCACAUUCUCGAUGUGCUGGCGGUGUACGAGGCCGCAGACCUUCGUCCUGCUGGACUGUACGUAGAACUGCUCCAUGCCAUCGUGCGCCUCGCACGGUCCAUGUAUGCAGAGGAGCUCACCUUAGUGCUCCAAGCUUUAGCACGCUACGGCUUGGGGAAUCCCACGGUGGUGGCUCAGCUCAUGCGCGUAGUCCAGAUUGAGAUCAAGGAGUUCAGGCUUCGGUACCUCUGUGCUACCGCCGGUGCCCUUGGGACGAUGAGGGCCUGUCCUGCGGAGCUCAUGGCGACGCUCGACUCGCAUGCUCGAUUUGAGGUGGACACCAUCAACACCCAGGAGCUUUUGGACAACGUUCAGGCCUUCCCGCAGCUGGAGUAUUCUUGGCAACCAUACGAGGAUCUUUGCCUGCGCGAGUUUCUGAGUCGAGUAGCGCGGCUUCAAACUGCUGAGGACGUGGAUCAGAUGGUGGAUCCCUUUCAGGUCCUCUUUUUUCUUCAGGCUCGCGGCCACCUCCACACAGACUACCUGAGAGCUUUGACCCAAUGGUGCCUUCGAGGAGUUCAUCGGCCCAAUGUCAGGUCUGAGCGACGACCGACAACAGCGCAACUCAUUACCUUGUAUGACUACUGUCGUGAACAUGAGCUUGAAGAUGAGCCUGCGCUGAAUGAUGCCAUUGCUUACUUUGUCGAGUCUGGUGGAGGCAAGUGGCAGGAAGUAUAUGCGCGUCCGCUGUCUUACACAAAGAAGCGCUACUACAUCCGCACAGAAGACCCUCUGCAGGAUGUCGACUUGCCACCGCUUCCACGCUCCAGGUCCGCUCCGGCGAAGGUGAAGAUGUUGGAAGACCUCCCUGGCCUUCCAGGCCUUCCGGCCCUCACACCAACCGAGAGGGAGGACCAAGAGGAUGACCUGGCGCUGAUCGAAGAAGCGGACGUUGUGCGCAAGAAGCCAUCUGGGAGUUCGCCUCUGCUGAAGGAGGGCGAGUCAAUCGCACGAGUUCGUGUACGAUCUCGGAGAAAACUGGAUAGACCACGUCGAGCUUUCGAUCCGCUUCGAAAGCGCUACCGAGACCAAGAGCUGCCACAGCCUUUGUGGUACUACGGCGGGUGGGGAAUGCGUCCAAAGUAUCAGCCAGGUCGCAGCCUGGGAAGUCGCUACCCCUACGCCAAGGUGCCCAUUGGGCCGCGAGGCGGUGCCUGGGUCUUGCGAAGGUGA